AUCGCUUGAUCCCAUUCGACUUGAAAGUUGAAAGAGAAAAAAAAGAAAAACGUUUCUUUCUUCCUUCCUUCCACGGACAUGGAAGCUUCACAAGCAACUACUACAGAAAACCCAAACCCUAACCCUAACCCUAACCCCGGACGAAAUCUCAACUCCAUUUCGUCGUCUUCGCCGGUGUGGCCCACCAUAGACGGCUCCUUAGGUCUGUCGGAGGAAGAGUCGCUCAGUUACGCCCGCAGAUUCUACAACUUCGGGUUCUUGCUUCUUCCUCUGCUCUGGGCCGUCAAUUGCUUCUACUUCUGGCCUGUUCUCCGUCACUCCCGAUCUUUCCCUCGCAUUCACUACUAUGUCUUGAGAUCCGCGGUUGGCUUCAUAGUUUUUACUGCUCUUCUCUCUUCAUGGGCUCUUACAUUCGCCAUUGGAGGGGAGCGCCUUUUCGGCCCCGUGUGGGAUCAGCUGGUAAUGUACAACCUUGCUGAAAAAGUGGGCUUGACAAGUUGGAGCUAGCCAUAGAUACAUAUAUGCCCUUGCUUCUGAAUUCUUUUUUUGCGUUAUCUUCCCUUUUUUUUUUUUUUUUUUACCAUCAAUCUUUUUACCCUUUUUUUUUUUUUUUCUCUCGUCAUAUGUUGAUCUGCGUGAUUGGGAAGAUUGAAAGGCCGUCCUUUGUAUUUUGUCUUGUUGCCUUGAAAUCUUGUAUAUCCGGCAGUUGUAAGGUGGCUUUUCACUAAUUGAAUAUUGACGCUUUCUAUCUUUAACUGUGCAAAGUACUGUUAUUGAU